AGAGAACAGAUAAAAAUGGAGCAAAAUAUCAUUAUGAUCCCUGAUUUUGCCACAUAGAACUACUUAACAUAUUAUAUAGUUACAAUUUAUCUAAACAUGAAUAUCUGAAAUAUAUUCUGGCGCAUUUUUGAUGGUUUUAGCAGUAGAGUUUAUGUGUAAUUUAUGAUUGAAAAUGGAUGCUAAAAUUCUUGCUCCUCAGCCAAGUCCAUGGAGGGGAUAUGGUGGAUUGGCCCCAACCAUGAACAGUGUUGAGUUUGAUAAACAGUUAGAUAGAAUCUCACAUUGGCUGGAACAAUGGGAUCAUUACAUGCGUUGCAACAUUCUCGAAGGCCUUCUCCACCGGAGUAAUCUAAACCAAAUACAAUUCCUAUGGACAGUUGUCCAACCAGCAUUACACCGGGACUUUAUGUAUACUGCCAAAAAAGAAUUCCCUUCACAAACUUUUCAACCUGUUAGUACAUACACAAGUCGGGAAGUGAAAGAAAAGGCUUCAAGACUAAGACAGUUAGAUCACUUUCAUAGAGUUAAGUCAGCCCAUGUGCAGCAUGUAAUGCAAGUUAAAAAUGCUGUCAAGGAACCUACCCUUCCAGAUAUUCUCACAAUGCAAUCAAAGGAAAAAACAAAAGUAAAAUCUCAACACAGUAAGGAUCAUGGUUCAAGUCUUCCACAUUUACCUGGAACUAUUGGCCCCAAUGGUGAUGCCACACAGGCUCCAAUUACUGCAGCCCUCUUCCUUGGUACAGACACAUGCAGUAGCUGGCAGGCUAUAAAAAGUGCCCCACCCUAUCUAAGAUUUGUUGACAUGCCAGUAAGAAGACACAUACAAGAUCAACAGAAUGAAUUGCCAAGUCAGUUCUCAAUUACAGACUCUCAAAGCUUCAGGAACCAGCCCUCUGUGGAUCUGAGCCAGAGUUUAAGAUAUAGGAAACAGAAAAAACAAAACCUCCAUAGAAGAAGCAGAUCAGACAGUCUUCCCACAAAUUCUAAACUUCCUGAAGAAGCUUGGAGGCUUUAUCAUUGGUACACAGAUCAGUGGACGGAUGUAAGAAGAAAUGAGUUCUGGACUAGAACUCUCCUGAAACUUGACCCUCGACAGCAUUACUUCUUAUCAAGCUUCCUUUGUGUGAAACAAUACAGAGAUUUCAUAGCAUUACUACCAACACAUUUGGCUCUACACAUACUCAGCUUCCUCUCUCCAGUUGAGCUAGUCAAUGCCAGCAGGGUGAGCAAGACCUGGGCAAGAGUAUCAGAUGACAAUGAACUUUGGGCGUCAAAGUGUGAUGAAGUUGAACUAGAGAUACCAAUCAGUGGUAACCCAGACUGGAAAAGGAUCUUUAAGGAGAAUAUGUACCUCAAAUUGAACUGGGAGAUGGGAAGAUGCAGGAUCUUAGAUAUAAAGGGACACACUCAUAAUGUCCUUUCUGUAACAUUUGACAAAAAGCGACUUGCCAGUGGAAGUUUGGACAGAACCAUCAAGAUCUGGGACAUUAAGACUGGAGCCUGUCUGCAGACACUCAAGGGCCACAACAAGGGCAUAUGGUGCCUUAAGUUCUUCACUAAGAACCUGCUCAUUAGUGGCUGCAAUGAUGGGACUAUCAAGGUGUGGAACCUGAGAUCUGGAACGUGUGCAAGAACUUUAUUAGGACAUGAAGGGCCUGUAUGGGCAAUGGCAAGACGUGGGAAUACACUUGUGUCAGCUUCACAGGAUAGAACAGGCAAGAUAUGGGAUAUCAGUAGAUGUAUGUUACUAUGGACACUUAAGGGCCACAAUGCCGCUGUGUUCACAUGCGACAUCAGUGAGGAUGGAGCUUUAGCCAUAACAGGCUCAGCAGAUAGAAGUAUAAGGAUCUGGGAAGUAGAGACAGGCAAGCUGAAAAAGGUGAUCUGGGCCAGUACUACAACCUCAAUAAUGUCUGUCAGCUAUUAUAAAGGAUAUAUAGCCUGUACAUAUGGGGAGACCAUCUGUUUCUACAAAACCAAUGCCAAGAAGGCAGUCCUGCUAAAGACCUAUAAGGAACAUACUAAAAGGAUUGAAACUGUGCAACUGAAGAUGAGUAAUCUUUCAAAGGAUGAAGGGAUGAUCGUAUCUGCAGGAAAGGAUGGCCUGGUCAAAUACUGGGACACUACACAAGAUGCCUCCAUGCAGACAUUCAAAGGCCACCAUGGACAAGUGAAUGCAAUAACAUUUGAUGAAUUAAGAAUCGCAAGUGCUUCAUAUGACAAUAAGAUCAAAGUAUGGGACUUUAACAUCUAGAAAUCUAAAAUGCCAGGUACAAAUCAUUUAAGUUACCAUGUGGGUUUGUUGAGGCAUUGCAUAUGUAACAUGCAGUUGGCUGGACUAUUU